AUGGGUGGUGAGACCCCCUGCCCCCCUACUAUAGCCCCCCUUCUGUAUCCCCCCACACUCGCCCGACCUGAGGCUCAGUCGAUAGCCCGGCAGUGGGGACCUCUGUUCGUCGCGACAAGGUUGACUAAUCAGUGUUGUUCGAUGCAUUCACCUGUCUUCACGUCGGACUCUGGAGUCUACCACAGUCACAACCACAGUGAUAGACAGGAGGUGAUGGACGUGGCGUCACAGUUCGUGGACGAUCUGCUACGUCAGGCCCAACAAGAGGUUCAGAACAGAAAGAUGGCACAAGGUGCGCCACAGCCCGCAUCUGUUGAGCUUGAAGAUGAGGACGACAUUACCACAAUAUCAGGCUUGUUGAAAAGAGGGAACCGGUGGCACUCGAGGGCUCGGCAGGGAGCGAGAGGAUUGGUCACAAGACUUAUGACGACCCUACGGCUGUGUAAAUAAACAGAGCUUGUAGCAGCGAGCAUAACACGGUGAUCAAUGAGCAUGCACCGAGCAUCAGUGAGCAACUAAACUGAGACGCAGUGCUGCAAACUGUACAUAGAAACAGAACAGGAGCAUUAGGUCAAUAACAGUGGCGGUAUCAGUGUUUGCGUGUAAAAUGAGUGUGCAGAUAGAAGUAUUACUUUUCCUACCAAAACCUUCAACGUUUGAUAGCUUUUGAAAAUGUAAAAAUGUAUGUAUUUAUAAGUAAGUACCUAUGAGAAUAUUUUUGACGUUGUCCACAACACAAGAGGUUAAUAUAAGUUGAUGCAUGAAAAGUUGUAUAGGUGGGAAAUAACAAAGUAUAAUGAUUAUUUGUGUAGAAUAUGUAUAAUAAAUUUGACAUACUGUAUAGCUUAUAAGCGCCUCAAUCCGGGUUUGAAAUGUUUUAUACUGUGUAAUGAGAUAUUAAUAUUGUAUUUUUUGUUUAUUGAAAAGUAAAACAACUUUUUUGAAAAUAAACAAAAAAUCACCAAAUUUAUAUUGGACAAUGUAGGCCUACUAUUACGUCAACAGCAAUUAUUUUCAAAAUCUUUCGCUUUACGAAGUUAAAUCUAUGUACAGAUAAUUUAAACAUAGACAUUGAUAUCAAAUUAAAUCAUAUUUACAAACUGGCCAUUUAAUUGGGGAUUUGUACCAUAGGUACAUUGGCCUAGAUUAGGUUGCUGUAUUGAGAAAGGGUUAAGACUCUCAUUAAGAAACAUUGUUCACAAAUUAGUUACAGGAAUUUGGUAUUGAAUGCCUACCUAAUUUUAGCACUUCAGGCAUUAAUUUUCAAUAUGUGCCAUUAUGAUACACACAUUAUCACGGCACAAUGUGAAACAUCUCAGAAAGAAAUUGAGGGUUGUUUCUAGUAAUUUUCCGAAUGUAUUGUGAAUGUAGGCUUAUGUAAUAGUUUCGAUUUUGUGAAACAAAGUUGCAAUAUGUAAGGAUCUUCAUAAAUCCAGGAUAAAAGUGUAGGAAUGGAAAAUAUCAAAUUUAAUAUAUACCUACUGGUUUUUCAAUUACUUAUUUUUGGGCCAACAGUGUUACUAAAUUCCACACUGAAACCUUUUAAAAGUCGGAAACAAAACUAUUUUAAUAAACUUCAUCACAUAAUUUGAAUAUUUAAACAAAUCUAAAAACUGAACAACUAAGUUUUAGAAACAAAGUUGUAAUCUAAAGUAGAUAUCUCACUUAAUUAUGUUUACUAUACAAUUUACCAUGUGAAGGUAUCAGAGUGUCGUAUUCAUAAUAAUAACUGCCACUUAGAAUAGUGAUCAUCAGUGUCUUAACAAUGUUAAACUCUCAUCAGACCUAGUAGAUCGGUAAAAGUGAUUAUUUGGCCCCUUUUCAGGUUAGGGUAGAUAAAAUGUAUAGACCAUACAUAAAAUUAAAUCGAUUAAAAAAAUUAAAAGCCCACAUUUACAAGUGGCAAUUAAAAUUAAUUUCAAUUGAAAAUUUGACAAAAAAUCCUAAAAGGUCCGAAAAACUUAGAAAGGGAUCCCUCGGCCUGGCUUAUGGAUCCCUUCAUUUCCCCAUACGGAAUUUGUCCUUCCCCACAGAACGUUAAGCCGCUGAUGAUGUUAAGUGAUGGUGUAAAAGUAUAGCCUAUAUUGUGGACCAUUAUAGUGACUAUGAACAGUGGAAGUUUUGUAAUGUUACCAAUAGAUGUCUUAUGGUGUUUCCCAGUCUAUGUUACCUAACGUCGUUGCUACGAUAGAUUUUUAGUACAAACUUUGAUAUGCUGCAUAACUUUAUGACAUAAUUUCUUAAGAAAUGUUUUAGUAUAGCCUCAAAAUUAAUCUGAGAUUGAUGUAUUCUUGUAUAUUUUACCUGCAUUGUAAUGAAAUAUUUGUUUCUAAAUUUAAGGCUGCUAGAUUUAAUUUAAUUUUAAAUAUUUUAACGUGACGAAUAGUUGGUGACGAAUUCUAAUAUAACCUCGUCAGAUGUACUGAAAAAUCUAGGCUUGACCUGAAUCAAGCUUCAUUGUAAAUAUGUUUCCAUUAAUUAAUUUUUACACGGCACUUUAGAGCUUUCAUGCAUUACAAAAGUGUACAUUUUAAAGUUAAAAUUACGUAAUUUUAACAGGCUUUUUAAAAUCAAUUUUACAUUUCUCCGUUAUUUAAUUUUAUUACACUACUUAAGGUCGAUACAUUAUACAUUAUUACAAGAGUAAAAGGUACCAACUGUUCGAUUUAUAAAUUGCAUUUAUAUACUAUUUUACCUUCAAUCGGUGUGCCACUCCAACUAUAGUUUACUGUGAUCGGUUGUCUUUAAAUACAGUUAUAUUUUACCAAUCAAAAUGUCCAUUUGUUUCAUCAGUGUACAAAUAUUUGAUGGUUAAAUGUUAUUGUAAAAUACAUUAAUGAAUUUUAUGAAACAAAAAUCUCAAAUGCAAUAAAUAUCAAGCAAUGCAAUCUCAAUGUUUAUUUUCUAGUGAAUGUUUCUUUGCUGUAAAGACAACUGGGAAGCAAGUUGGUGGACAAUACUUAAUCUUAAUACAUAUCUAACUACUAAUCUGGAAAAUCUAUUUUUCUAAUAGAUUCCUUAUAAGCUAUUGUUACAAAACCAAAAACGUUAUUUUAAUGUCACAUUUUGUAAACUUUGGGUGAUUGACGAUUGUAUAUUUUAAAGAAAUGUGUAUACUAUUAAAAUUAUCGCCCAGCUUAAUAUGGGGAUGAGGAGUGUUAGAAUAAAAUGUCAACUCUGCUAUCCAAAGACUAUUUUUGUUUCGGCCUGUAAACUAUUUUUUCUCAAUCAUUUUUUUCCAUUAUAAUUUUUUGUGCACUUCUAAAAAAUAAAUUGUGCUCCUUAACAUUUAAACGUUAUAUUCCUAUCAUGUUUGAAUUAAUUUUAAUUCCAUGUACUGUAUUCAUACUCCUUACAAAAAUUAAGUUGAAUGGAUUUUUAGUCAGUUUUGGGUGCAAAUGAAUUUGAUUUAUUGUAAUUUUA